AAGCUUUCCAAGCAACAACACUGUCGAUAUUGUUCACACACGAAACGCCACAACGAAGUUGCACAACGCAAGUAGCCCGAUCCACGUAGUUCAUCAACGCAUAUUGCUAUCAAAUGUACCAUCGCAGUUGGUACCACAGCCUGGUCGUGUAUACAUACAACUUGAGAUAACAACAGUCGCGUCUGACUUGGAUGAGAGUGUGAAAAAAACACAUUUGGAGAGUCUUAAAACUGUAUUUAUUUGCUGCUUCGCACCAACUGCUGGCUUACACCGACCAAAAGACAAAAUGUCCGCAUCUACAAUCACAACCCUUCUGCUCUCACUCGCCGCACUUUCAGUCUUUCUGCCAAACGCCUCCGCAGAAUGGUCACCCGACAACGACAACAACAACGACCACAAGAGGGCGCAAAUGUCAGCCCAUGAUUGGCUGAACAGCCUUUUGGCGGGAAAUGACGUCGGACACGCAAAGACCAAAAGGAUUGCCAAAGCAUGUGCAAUUGACUGUUUGAACUGCGGUAUGAUGUUCCAGGUCCAAGCCUACUCACAAGGAGAUUGCCUCACAGCUUGCCAGAAUGAUGACAACCACAGGGACCCUAGUUGCCAUGAACACAUCACAAUGUAAAAGAAACUAUUGGACAAUAUCCAUGAUGGGGAACUUCUUAAAAAACAACAGCAGGGACCAACAUUAUGUCAUCGAGAAAUUUGUUUUAUUGAGGGGUUGAGCACUAAUAGUGGGUUUGCUGAUACAGCUAUGAGCCCGUCCCGCAGUACGUUUUGUUAAAAGCACUAUGGACACUAUUGGUAAUUACUCAAAAUAAUUGUUAGCAUCAAAACUUACUUGGUAGCAAGCAAUGAAGAGCUG